UCAGGCCUCUCCCCGGCUGUGGUGUUGGCCUGUUGCCUGCCAGCAGGGGAGGGGCCCUGGAGACACGUCUCUUUUGGAUGAGGAAGUGAACGCUCAGAGAGGGUGUGGGGCCGAGCUGGGGCCACACAGCGAGGCGGGUGCUGAGCCAGGGGCCUGUGGAGACGGGUCAUCAGGAGACCCAUGCCUGAGACCUUUCCUGACUUCUCCACGCAGGUGAACUCCUCCUCCCUCAGCUCCCCCACGGCGCGCAGCUCCAUGGCCGCCCCCUCGCUGCACCCCUCCCUGGGGCCCAGCAUCGGCUCCUCGCUCGGCUCUCCGGGACAGCUGCACUCACCCAUCAGCACCCUCAGCUCGCCCAUCAACGGCAUGGGCCCGCCCUUCUCGGUCAUCAGUUCCCCCAUGGGCCCGCACUCCAUGUCGGUGCCCACCACACCCACCCUGGGCUUUGGCACCGGCAGCCCCCAGCUCAGCUCGCCCAUGAACCCCGUGAGCAGCAGCGAGGACAUCAAGCCCCCACUGGGCCUCAAUGGUGUCCUCAAAGUGCCGGCCCACCCCUCAGGGAACAUGGCGUCCUUCACCAAGCACAUCUGUGCCAUCUGCGGGGACCGCUCCUCAGGCAAGCACUACGGGGUGUACAGCUGCGAGGGCUGCAAGGGUUUCUUCAAGCGGACGGUGCGCAAGGACCUGACCUACACCUGCCGGGACAACAAGGACUGCCUGAUUGACAAGCGGCAGCGCAACCGCUGCCAGUACUGCCGCUACCAGAAGUGCCUGGCCAUGGGCAUGAAGCGCGAAGCCGUGCAGGAGGAGCGGCAGCGGGGCAAGGACCGGGGCGAGAGCGAGGUGGAGUCCACCAGCAGCGCCAACGAGGACAUGCCAGUGGAGAAGAUCCUGGAGGCCGAGCUGGCCGUCGAGCCCAAGACCGAGACCUACGUGGAGGCGAACGUGGGGCUGAACCCCAGCUCGCCCAACGACCCCGUCACCAACAUCUGCCAAGCAGCUGACAAGCAGCUCUUCACGCUGGUGGAGUGGGCCAAGCGGAUCCCGCACUUCUCCGAGCUGCCCCUGGACGACCAGGUCAUCCUGCUGCGAGCAGGCUGGAACGAGCUGCUCAUCGCCUCCUUCUCGCACCGCUCCAUCGCCGUGAAGGAUGGCAUCCUCCUGGCCACCGGGCUGCACGUACACCGCAACAGUGCCCACAGCGCGGGCGUGGGCGCCAUUUUCGACAGGGUGCUGACGGAGCUGGUGUCCAAGAUGCGGGACAUGCAGAUGGACAAGACGGAGCUGGGCUGCCUGCGCGCCAUCGUCCUCUUCAACCCCGACUCCAAGGGGCUCUCAAACCCAGCCGAGGUGGAGGCGCUUCGCGAGAAGGUCUAUGCGUCCCUGGAGGCGUACUGCAAACACAAGUACCCCGAGCAGCCAGGAAGGUUCGCCAAGCUGCUGCUGCGCCUGCCCGCCCUGCGCUCCAUUGGCCUCAAGUGCCUGGAGCACCUCUUCUUCUUCAAGCUCAUCGGGGACACGCCCAUCGACACCUUCCUCAUGGAGAUGCUGGAGGCCCCACACCAGAUGACUUAGGCCCGCGGUUCCGGCCCGCCCCGCCCUCUGCCCGCCUGGCCCUGGGGGCGUGGCCCGCCGCUGCGGAGUCUGUGCUGCAGGCCGCCCUCCUCGUUUUCCACACGACUCGUCUGGACCCGGCAGCGGGCAUCCCGGGGCGGCCGCCGGAGCGGCAGGAGCCGGUGUGAGCCCCGGGAGGGGGGAACCCGGGCGGGCUCACGGGGUACACGCUGCCGCCCCUGGAGCCGCAGCGUUCAGAGGGCGGCUGGGCUCCGUCACGUUCUGUGGUCGCUGGGUUUGGAAAUCUCCCAUGCGAGGUCCUCUGUUUGCACGGAUCCCUCUGCCUCCUGUGUUGGCUGGCGCCCUGCCCGCCCAACACCCGCGAUUGGGAGGAGGGGACAGGUGGGGGGGGGGCUGCCAAAGACCCCCACCCGCCUCCUGGGAGGACGGGAGGGGCUCUGGUCCCUCAGAGUGAAGGGUGAGCAGCCCCUUUUUCCAAAGAUGACUUUCAACCUGCUCCCCAGGCUGGUCAGAUUGGGAGCCGACCUUUGUGCUGGGUUUGGGGGUCGCCUAAGGCUGCAGGGACACCCGCGCACCCCACCCCACCUGCGUGCUGUCUUUGCGUUGUCCUGGUUUCAGCUCCUGUCCCACGUGGUCCUGUCCAGGCCGCCUCCAAACCUUCCAGCCUGUGCAGAGGGCUGAGGCUGGCCCCCACUCCUGCAGGGCGCGCCCCAUCUCUAGUGGACCGGAGGCCUGCUGCCCACCCAGGAGGCCCACGGUGACGGGAGGGGAGGAGGGUCCUCAAUCGGCCGUGCACGCUGAGGGAGGCAGGCGGGGUCCAGAGCUGGCGGGACCUGUGGGCAGUCUGCUGCGGGGAGCGGACAGCUGGCCGGGGCCUGCAGCACUGUGGGCAGGGAGGCCCCUUGGGUGGCAGGCGUCUCGUGGGCCCCUGAGGUGGGGCUGUCAUCGUGUGUCCGUCCGCAUCCGCUCUGGUCCUGGGCCGGGUCUCUCAGGGUGAAGGCCUCUGCACCGUCGCGCACUCCCUCCGGUCCGUUUUUCCGUCUCACGCCCCGAAACCCGGCGUUUGUCGGCUGGGGGGGCCGGAACUGGGUGCGUGGGGUCCUGCCGCCCCCGUCAGCGGCCCCGGAGCAGGAGUCGGGGGUCGGCGUUGUGGCUGCUCCCCCAAGCCUGUCUCCCUGGGGGGGUGCGGGGGUGUCCCCAAGGCUGGGUGAGGACAGGCCGGCCUUCCGGCCUCUGUGGGGAAGAGGGUGUCCAUUCUUUGCCCUCCAGGGUCCAGCCCAGGCUGAGCGUGAGGCACCUGGGCCAACCGUGUGGAGGAUGCCACAGACAUCUCCUUUCUCUGGGGGCCCCCCAUUCCCGCCCCCAGGAGAUGCGUCCCCAGCCGCCGCGGCACCUGCCCCAUCCGCCCUCUGUGGCAGAGGUGGGGCGAGCUGGGGCCUGCCCAGUGCCCCCGGAAGUCUUGGCCGCCUUUGGGGGCAUGGUGGUGUCAGCAGAGUGACGCAGGCACCCUGGUGGUCCUCCCCCAGGGGUCCCCCUGGUGGUGGGUUUGUAGGUCUGCCCCCCACCCCGCACCCAGUGCCUUCUGCAGCUGGACACACCCCGUCCACGCCCAGCCCGCCCCGCUGCCCUGAACCGCUCUGGAGCCCAGGAGGGGGCCCUGUGGGGUCUGGCCUCGGGGCCCCGGCACCCGCCCCCGGCCUCUUCCGUCGCCAGGCCCGUGGCGUCCUGGGGCCACGCCCCCCUUCUCCUCGGGCGCUGUCAGCGCAACGUCCUUGCUGUGUUUGAAAAGGUGAUGGUGGGGACAUGGCACGUUAUUCGGUAGAUAAACAUUUUCUUUAACCAGACCUUCAGUAGACCAAUCUGGUUCAAUUAAGGUGAUUUUUUUGGUAAUUAUUAUUUUGGUGGGACAGUCUUUAAUUUUCUAAAGAUAGCACUAACGUCAGCUCGUUGGCCAUCCUGUGCCGUCCCCACUCACUGGAUGCUUCCGGCACGAGCCCCCCCCCCCCCCCCCCCAGCAUCACCUCCCGCUCGGUCAUCAGGCAGGGCUCCCGAGGCCAAGGAGCGAAGACGACUGCCUUUCAGGUUCGGAAGUUGUUGGCCAGGCCAGCCUCUGGCUUGUCCCCCACUGGGCGUUUCCUUGGAAGCUGGCCUACUCGGGGACGUCCGUGCAGAGGGCACCCGCGUCAGCCGCUGGCCCUCAUCACCCCGGGGGGAGGACGGCCCCCGGCCCUGGGCGUCCCAGGAGGGUUUGGGCUGGCAGACCCCCCGGGGCAAGUGCUGGAGACCACGCUGCACUCCCUGCUCCGCGGAGGCCCUGGUUGGGGCCAGACGGAACGUCCAGCCGGAGCGUGACGGGCUGAUGUUGCUCCCGCCAUGGAAUUUGGUCCCUGCCCACGCAGGUGUGUGUGGACAACACCUGUGCUGUAGAGACCCCGCGUGCACAGACCUGCUCGCCAUCCAGACACACAGACCAGUUACCAGCGUUUUCUGUUUAUUUUUAAUCAAGACUCCCCCCGACCCCAUUUUCCUAUAAAUUUGCUUGUUGUAAGCAAGUAUGUAAGGACCCCUUCUUUGGUGAAAUCCGGGUUCGAAUGAAUACCUUGAGGCAAGGAGACGCAUCUAUUUUAAGAUGCUUUGGAGCAAACAGCUUUAGCCGUUGCCAGUCCUUAGCAAUGCCUUAGCCGGGACGUGUAGCUCACAGAGAUGACAUACGGAGAAAAAGAGGAGACAUUUAAAGCAUCGGGAAAGGUAGAAAAAAAAUCUAUUUUUGUACAAAUGUAAUUUUAUCCCUCAUGUAUAACUUGGAGGAUGUGGCGGGGAGGGGGGACUUGUUUUGUUUCUGCUUCUAGAGGUGGAGGCUCUCUGAGUCGACAUUCGGACUUCGGACGGGCGCGCGGGCCUCGGACAACACUGCUGCGGGCGGGAAGGUGGGCCUGGAACUCUCGAGGGUUUUCCUCCCCUUCCGAGUAACGUUCACACCUCGCUCUGCGCUCUCCCCGUGGCCAGCUGGCCUUCCCGGGACUGACUGUGAAAUUACUUCCCCCCACGGACUGUUCUCAAAACAUCGCGGCCGCAGGUGCCGGGCGAACAAUGGUGUCAGAAUUGUGGAGAAGAGACUCGGAGCAAAACGUGAGAGGAGAAACAAGCAAAACAUGAGCGUUUAAAAACA